CAUCUUCUCUGCGAGCAACCUCUUCAAUUCCAAUGGCCCGUUCCAAGAAAGCAAAGAAGAAUCAGCCGACGAAGGAGGAGAAACCAACUAAGGUUGCGACUAAAACGCCAAAAUUGAAUAAGGAUGGGAAACGAAGGAAGAAGCCAGUUUACACGCUCAAACGCUCUAUUCUGGCGGUGCUAAAACAAGUUCACUCUGAUGUACGCAUAUCGAAAGCUUCCAUGGAAAUAAUGCACAAUUUCGUCAUGGACAUGUUCGAACGUAUUGCCAUCGAAGCCGGUAAACUGACUAAAAUAUCAUCAAGAACCUUGUCAUCCCGAUGCAUUCAAACCGCCGUCCGACUUAUCCUACCUGGCGAGCUGGCGAAACAUGCAGUGUCUGAAGGUACGAAAGCAGUGACCAAGUAUAACAGCGGCAAGUAA